AUAUUUGGGCCUAAUAACUAUAGAGCCCAAGCUAUAUAAGCUCCAUUAGGCUAUCUAAACUUAUAUUCAUUCUAACAGUUACGCCUUAAGGUUUCAAAUCGGAAAAAAGAACACAUCCAAAUUCACUUUCUCGGCGAUCACUGUUUUUUCAUAUUUCUGGUAUUGUAACGACUUAUUGUUGAACAAGAUGGCUUCGCGUUUUUGGACUCAGGGUGACAGUGAGACAGAAACAGACACUGAGAGUGAGAGUGAGAAGGGCUCGAGUGAUAUUGAGCGGGAGGUUGAUAGACCAUCUGAGCCCACUGCAAGAAAGGCUGAAUCAAGGUAUCUUGUAGUGGAUGAUACUGACUCUGAACCAGAAAUCGAACCGCGUGUUAUCCGCUCUGCCAAGGACAAGCGUUUUGAUGAAUUGUCAGCUACAGUUGAUCAGAUGAAGAAUGCCAUGAAGAUCAAUGACUGGGUUAGUCUGCAAGAGAGCUUUGACAAGAUCAAUAAGCAGCUGGAGAAGGUCAUGCGCAUCACAGAGUCGGUUAGAGCUCCAAAUCUGUACAUCAAGGCUCUAGUGAUGCUAGAGGACUUUUUGGCACAGGCUUUGGCCAAUAAGGAGGCAAAGAAGAAGAUGAGUAGUAGCAAUGCCAAAGCCUUGAAUUCAAUGAAACAAAAGCUCAAAAAAAAUAAUAAGCUGUACGAAGAGUUGAUCAACAAAUAUAGGAAGGAUCCUCCUGAAAGUGAGGAUGAAGGUGGGGAAAAUGAAGAGUCAGAAGAGGAUGAGGAUGAGGACGAAGAUGUGUUUGAGGAGGACCCUACUAAGAUCUCCGGUGAUGAUCUUUCAGGUCCAGAUGAGCCAGAGGAACCUGAUAAUGCGUGGAAUGUAAUGCUGAGCAAGAAAGACAAACUAAUGGAUAAACAGUUCAAGGACCCAAGUCAAAUCACAUGGGAUAUAGUCAACAAGAAAUUCAAGGAAAUUGUUGCUUCGAGGGGUAGGAAGGGGACCGGAAGGAUUGAAUUGGUUGAGCAGCUAACCUUUUUGACCAAGGUGGCCAAGACCCCAGCUCAGAAGCUUGAAAUUCUUUUUAGUGUUGUCUCUGCGCAGUUUGAUGUUAAUCCAAAUCUCAGUGGGCACAUGCCUGUAAAAGUAUGGAAAAAGUGUGUGCAGAAUAUGCUUACCAUACUUGACAUGUUGACCCAAUACCCUAAUAUUUUAGUUGAUGACAGCAUGGAGCCUGAUGAGAAUGAAACCCAGAAAGGAUCAAACUAUACAGGAGCAAUAAGGAUCUGGGGAAACUUGGUUGCCUUUGUUGAAAAGAUAGAUGUUGAAUUCUUUAAGAGUUUGCAGGUCAUUGAUCCACACACUCGUGAAUACGUUGAGAGACUGAGGGAUGAGCCAUUGUUCUUGGUUCUUGCUCAAAAUGUCCAAGAUUAUUUAGUGCGUGUGGGGGACUGCAGGGCUGCUGCAAAAGUGGCUCUUAAACAGGUUGAGUUCAUCUAUUAUAAACCGCAAGAGGUGUAUGAAGCUAUGAGGAAGUUGGCUGAAAUAGCAGAAGGAGAAGGAGAAGAGACUGAAGAGAACAAGGCGGUUGACGAGAGUAAAGGUCCACUUGCAUUUGUUCCGACUCCUGAGCUUGUGUCCAGGAAACCUGCCUUUGAAGAGAGCAGUAGGUCAUUGAUGGACAUCCUUGUUUCGCUCAUUUACAAAUAUGGAGAUGAGCGGACCAAGGCACGUGCAAUGCUUUGUGACAUGUACAAUCAUGCUCUCUUUGAUGAGUUUUCAGUAUCUCGUGACUUGUUGUUAAUGAGUCACUUGCAGGAUAAUAUCCAGCACAUGGACAUUUCAACUCAGAUACUUUUUAACAGAGCCAUGGCUCAGCUUGGUCUCUGUGCAUUCAGAGUGGGACUCGUUACAGAAGCGCAAGGUUGCCUUUCUGAACUGUAUUCUGCUGGCAGGGUGAAGGAAUUACUUGCACAAGGUGUUUCCCAAAGCAGAUAUCAUGAGAAGACCCCGGAACAGGAAAGGAUGGAACGAAGACGUCAGAUGCCAUAUCAUAUGCAUAUAAAUCUUGAGCUUCUCGAGGCUGUCCAUCUGAUAUGUGCGAUGCUACUAGAAGUGCCAAACAUGGCAGCCAAUAGUCAUGACACAAAGCGCAGGGUCAUAAGCAAGAACUUCCGGAGAUUGCUUGAAAUUAGUGAGAGGCAAACUUUCACAGGCCCACCUGAAAAUGUUAGGGACCACGUAAUGGCAGCCACACGAGCCCUCAGACAGGGAGAUUUUAUGAAGGCCUAUGAUGUUAUCAAGUCCCUUGAUAUGUGGAGACUUCUUAAGGACAAAGAUAGUGUUCUUGAGAUGCUUAGAGCCAAAAUAAAAGAAGAGGCAUUGAGAACCUACCUUUUUACUUAUUCUUCUUCUUACAGUUCUCUGAGUUUGGAUCAGCUUGCAGGGAUGUUUGACCUUUCAGAUUUACAAGUUCAUAGCAUUGUGAGCAAAAUGAUUAUCAGUGAGGAGCUUCAUGCAAGCUGGGAUCAACCAACUCGCAGUGUGGUCUUCCAUGAUGUUGAGCAUACAAGAUUGCAGGGUCUGGCAUUCCAGUUGGCAGAAAAGCUGGCAAUUCUAUCAGAAACUAAUGAAAGAGCUAUGGAGUCCAGGAUCGGCGGGGGUUCAUUGGAGAGCGUUGCACUGAAGCGCAGGGAUGGCCAGGAUUAUGCCGCUGCAGCUGCAGCUGGUAAGUGGCAAGAGUUCUCCUUCUCACAAGGCAGGCAGGGAAGCAGUGGGGGACGAACUGGGUAUAUUGCCAGCGGUAGAUUUGCAUCAAGGGACAGGACUGGUCAGGCCCGAACUCAUGGUGGCCAAGGUUCACGUUACCAGACAUAUGCAGCUGCCAGGGGAAGCCAUAAUAUAGACGGAUCUCGCAUGGUGAGUCUUAGCAGGGGUAUCCGUGCAUAGUUAAGUGGUAGGGACAACUUUUUGCACCGAGAGGAACGCAGCAUUGCACACAUCACAACUAAUCAUUUUUCAGAUCCUAAUUGCAGUAGUGUAGAAUUUUGCAAGUUCGUAUCUAAACUAUCGUACAAAAUAUUUUGUUGCUUUAAUAGCUGACUUCUAACGCUAUGGUAUGCUGUUUUCUCGCGCUGAAAUUCAUAGUGUUGGCUUUCA